GUAUUUACGUUGGGCUUGUAAAUAGUGAUACAAAAUAAUCCAAAGGGUACAUAAUUUAAGACAGUAUGAUAAGCAUUUUACUACUGAAAACGUGAACGUCCAUCACUACUAGUAAAUCGAGUACAAAACACAUUGACUGGGUUUCAUUCAUGUCAGCAGAGUGCAGGCUGUCAAUUCAAAUGACAGACGGCCAGACAGUUGUCGCGCCGCGUUAGCCGUGUAUUAUUGUUUUGCAAGUUCUCGUUUGUAGUUUCUAUGCAAAUAUUUAGUUAAUUCUUGUGCUAUACCUAUGAUUGGGUUAUAAAUCGGCAUCGUGUUUCGGUUAUCCAUAUGACACCCCAAAGCGCGUUAUACAUAGUUGCAGUUCAUUCUGCUUUAUCAGAAGCUUAGUAUUCUUCGUUUUGAGCUAAAUAUUUUAAUUGAAAACCGUGAAAAUGGAAUGCCUGCCUCAUAAAAAAACUAUCGGGAUAUGGAUGUCGGACAAGAAAAGUCAAAAACUUAAUUGGAAAGAGUUUAUUAAGUCUUGUGCUUCUCAUGGAUACAAUCUUGUCAGGCUUGACUUGGAUAUUCCAUUGGAGGAACAAAGACCAAUUAAUGUAUUCCUUCAUAAAUUAACUGAUGUUAUUGCUGCAGCUGACCAUGGUGAUUCAAAGGCAUCAGUAAUCAUAAAUAGAGUGGAGCAGUAUUUAUCGAACCAUCCAAAUAUAACUGUUAUUGAUCCAUUGGACAAUGUGAGGAUACUUUUAAAUAGGUACUGCUACUACACAAUACUACAAAACGAACCCUCACUAUACAAACAAGGAAUAUUCACUCCGUCAUUCGCAGAAUUCACUACAAACAAUAUAGAAAUGAACAUAGAGAUAAUGAGGCAGAGAGGUGUCAAGUUUCCUGUGAUAUGCAAACCAACUAUAGCCCAUGGGUCCAAAUCAGCACACGACAUGAUCGUAAUAUUCAAUGAAAAAGGUUUGCAUGUGUGCAAACCUCCUUGUGUCGUUCAGAAUUUUGUAAAUCAUAAUGCUGUCUUACAUAAAGUAUUCCUUAUAGGAGAUAGGUAUCAUAUUUGCGAGAGACCAAGCCUUAAAAACUUCUACGCUUCAGAAGAUUUAGAGCCAAUAUACUAUAGUACGGGGGAGGUAUGUAAAGCUGAUAGCCAGUCCACACUGUCGAUACUCGACCCUCACGAUAAGGCUGACAUCACACUCACACUCAACGAGGACAAAAUCAAAACUAUCAUCAGGAUACUAAGGAAAAGGAUAGGUCUACUUCUGGCUGGCUUCGACGUAGUCAUCGACAAUAUGACCGGCAGUCACGCGGUCAUAGACAUCAACGUAUACCCCAGUUACGAUAACUUCCCAAACUUUUUCGAACACCUUCUAGAUUCCAUACAAGAAGCAGAGAACAGGAAUGUAAAUAUAUACAAUAAUGGUGACUGCAACGGUGUGUAUGGAGAAGAGUUUCUAGGGCAUAAGAUUAAUGGUUUAAUCAAUGUUGGAAUGGAUCCAAUUAAGUACGGUGUGACCGGUAUGAAUAUAAACUGAAUUUGUUUUAAGUGUAUAACACAAAUGUGUAUUGAUUGAUUAUUAUUAUUGAUAAGAGAUUGCUUUUAUGAGUCACGUAUGCGUAAGAUAUUGUUAUCUGCUUAGAUAUAUGUGUAUAGUUAUUUCCGUAUUGUAAGUGCGUUUAUUGUCGUUUGGAAUUAGCACCGACAGUAGUUAAAUAUAAUUUAUGAUGGCAUGGGAAAUACAAGUUUAAAAUGGUGUAGUAAAACUCGAAAUCGUUUAGCUGUCAAUAUUUGUUUAUCUUACAGCACUGGCUGCUCGUUAGAAGUUUUUUAUCUUUAGUAAUCUGCAACAAUUUUAAUUUGAAUAGCCGUAAAUUAACGAAAGGCGGGGAUCCAAAGAAAGAAGUAAUUUAAAAGAUAAAUAGAAUAUCCAGUAUAUUUAUAAUAAGUCUUCAAGUUUUGACUGUAUGUAUAGUAUUAAUACUUCACUGUCGCAAAUAUUGUGAGUCACGUCUUCUAGUGUAAAUAUAAGUUAGGAAUACCGAUACCGACAGAAAAAAUAUCAUUCUAAAAUGAGCUCUAAUACGUAGUGUGUGGAUACCUUUUCCAGUGUUAAAUCAGUGUUUUGAGGAAGUCAGCUACACCAAUCGCCAUUGUGAAGUAAAUCUACACUGCCAGUUAUAAAGUUCAUUUUUGAAUGCACAUUUUCUGCUAUGCGGAAUUGGUUCAGUAUAAUAGGCUUUGGCCCCUAUUCGCUAGCUAUAUAAACCUCUUUUAGUGCCUAAACAAACCACAGAAAUAUAAUUACACAAUAUUUAUGCAACUCUAUACUCUAUAACAUAGGACAUAAAGUGUAUUUCUUGAAUCUUGAUCGAUUCCAUUGCAAGUUGGCAUUUGUUUUUCAUUCCGUCAUCAGUUUUAUUGAAGUAGUUGCAACAUAUACAAUGGAUAGUAUUUUUGUUGCUUCGCUAGAUUUAUGUACACAUUAGUUUACGUACACAUAAUAAAAUAUUAUCGACAUUAUUCUGCUUAGUUAGGAAAAUUAAGUAUUUUAUGUUGGUAAAGCCUUCCAAGAAAUGUUAUAUGUAGUUGCAUUUUGCUGUUAUAGGAAAAAAAAUACUUGAAAUAAUUUGUUUGAUAUCGUAACAUUACACAUAAUUGAUCAAACUGCAAUUUUGACUAGGUACAGUCAACAGCAAAAGUUGAUUACCGCUUACUCAGUUAUGACGAAGUAUUUACCGAGCACACGUUAUUUGUGCAAUCAAUUAAUUACGGUAACUUUGUAAAAGGCUUUUGUUAUUGAUUGUACUUUCAAUACAAUUAAUACUUUCAAAGUAAUUGAUGUAUACAUAGUGCUUUAUUGUCGACAGUAAUUUGUCAUGUAUUAAUCAAUUCAUAAAUUAUUCAAAUACUUACCAAGAUUGAUGUACCAGUACGGCUUAAGACUGAUAAUAGUCAUUUAAUUAAUUAUAUAGGUAUUGUAUCGCACACGCUUAUAAUAAUGGAAUUGAUAUGUUUAAUUAAGUUAAUAGAAAACCUAAAUCUCCGUGUUGUUAAAACUUGAACAUUGACUACUUAUACUGUUUAGAGCCAAAUAAUUUAAGAAAAUUGUUACACAUAAGGUAGACACGUAAAAUACUCUCUUUAGGUCUUUUGUAUGUGAGGCGAUGCAAGUCUCCGACGAUCCGAUGAUUUUAGACUUUCGACUAAAGGCUCAUUUAGAUUAGAUGAGAAAUAUUUCGCGAUUUGAGAUUUGUUGUCAGUCAUAUUUGACUUUACGCAUAGCCGAAUGGUAUAGUUCGCUGUCAAACUCACAGGGCGGGACGUGUCUUGGAUUCCAUCCCCGCGUAGGAUAAGCAUUGGUGUCAACCACAAACGUCUGACUUAAAUGUUUGUGAAACCCCCCGCUAUACAAGGAUGAAAUACCUUACUGAGGAGGAAAUUUAUUUCAUUUUUACUAGACAUUAUGUAUUGUAACUCUCAAUAUUCCUCGCUUUGUCUGAAUGAGUUUUAAAGACGUUGAAUAUUCGAGUCUUGCAUUGCCUCGUAAACGAAGGACCUUACAGUUGUGAUUAAAACUAAAAUAUAGUUCCUGAUUUUGAAACACUAAACAUUUUUGAACGGGUUAUGAUGUGAACAUGUAUACUUGCAUUCGAUUCAUUCGCGACUUUUACAAACAUGUUAUUUUUAUACAAUAGUCCAUGAUAAUAGAAUAUUCUAUUAAGUGUAUUUUAUACCCGUUAGCUAGUAUAUGUAAUCUAGUAUUUCAUACUUAACAUCUGUUCAAUUUAAUUGGAAUUAGCCUAGGACCAGUGUUUUAAAAGUUGAAUGGGUAUAACUAUUUAAAUAAGCCCAAUACUCCCUAAUUAGUAAGCUAGAUGUAAAACUUUGGCCUGUGUUUAGUUUUACUAAUGUGUAUCAUUCCAUAUGGUAUUAAAGAAUAAAUGUAAAUUGAUCUGAUUUAACACCUGCUCAAUCACAAGUUAUCUCCUCUAAACGAAUUAAACACAGAAAACAGACAGACAGGAAGAUAAAUUGUAUUAAAGUAACUGUAGUGAAUAAACAGUAAACUUACAUAGUUAAA